AUGAGUGGAACGGAUUAUUCCUACGAUGAACAGGGACAAUUUUUCCCUAUCUUCGUCGGUACACUGGUUGGAAUCGUAUCUACAGCUUUGACGUGGGACGUUUUAAGACCCAGAUCAGAUCCAAGCGCCACGGCGCCCCGAAUAAAGACAGAUUACAAGCCAGAACAUGCGGACCUCAUCGAUAGUCAAAGGAGGGCACAGAGAAGAAAACAGAGAAAGAUAAAACGCAUGAUUGCCAUGGUUGUGGGGUGGGCGAUAGUAGCUCUUAUGGCAUAUCAAUUUCAAGUCACAGCCAGAACUGUAGCAAAAAUCUGGAAUCCAUAUGAUAUCUUGGAUAUCAAAGAGUCCGCUACUGAAAAAGAAAUCAAAUCACAUUACAAACGACUUUCGUUGAAAUUCCACCCUGAUAAGAUUAGACCUGACCCAGCCAAAAACCAAACAAUCGAAUCAUUGAACGAUUAUUUCGUAGAGCUUACAAAGGCAUACAAGGCGCUUACUGAUGAGGAGAUCCGAAACAACUAUAUACAAUUUGGACAUCCCGAUGGCAAACAAAGCUUUAGCAUUGGAAUUGCUUUGCCUACCUGGAUCAUCUCCGAAGGAAACGGAAAAUAUGUCGUACUUGUCUAUGCGCUUCUUUUGGGAGUUUUACUUCCUUACCUCGUCGGAACCUGGUGGUAUGGCACCCAGCGCAUGUCAAAAGAGAAGGUCCUGAUUGAAAGUGCCAACAACUUGUUCCAAGAAUAUCAAGAGAGCAUUACCGAGGGCGGAAUUGUUGGUGCUUUAAGCAGUGGUGUUGAAUACAAGAAAAUUUUAAAAGGCCACAAAGCUGAUUCGGGACUUGGCAAAUUGGAAUCAAGAGUUCUUGCAGAAGGAGAUGGAAUCACUGCUGCAGCGGGCUUGUCAGCCAAGGACAAAACGAAGCUAGAGGAUUUAGAUGGCGGUGCUCGACGAAAGGCACUUGCAUUACUAUGGGCAUAUUUGGGCCGAACCGAACUUGAAGACUCUGAACUCAAUAAGGCAAAGUACGAAGUUGCUCCUAUCGCUCAUGACCUCAACAAUGCAUUCACAGCUAUCACUCUCGCUUUCACAACUACUGGCCCUAUCCUUGCAUCAUACGCGACUGCUCAGAACAUCGUUCAAGCUUUACCGCCAAAUGCCUCGCCCCUUCUUCAAUUGCCAUAUAUUACCCCAGCUAUUGCAAAGGCAAUUGAAGGCGACUCUAAAACUCAUUUGACCCUUCAGCAAUAUAUGGCACUACCAAACGCAUACCGAAAGAAGUUGAGUGUUGGAAAUGGGCUUCUCACAGAAGCUCAAUAUAAGACGGCCAUGUCUACUGCAAAGCAACUUCCUCAUUUACAGGUUGAGAAGGCAUUCUUCAAGGUUACAGGCGAAAAGUUUAUCACCCCUAGCUCAUUAGUAUCCUUUGUUGUUAAAGGGCGAUUCAUCCCUCCUGGAAGCGAGAACGUUCCUAAGGUUAACGAACUCGAUUUGGAAGAUAUUGACCCAGACGAGGAUGAUCUUGAUGCCAUCCUUGGUCGCGCGAAGAAGUCCGCCAAGGGCGAAAAGGCCGAAAAUAAGCAGGUCUUCCCACCUCUUGCAUUCGCCCCUUACUUUACACGUGACCAUUCGCCUAAAUGGCAUGUUUUCCUCACCGAUAGCAAGCAAGGCAAGAUUGCUGUACCACCUUUCACGUUCUUUGCCUUCGACAAACCCAUAUUUGAUGAAAGUGGAAAACCUACUUUUAAUAUGCAAACGCUUAAGGCACAGUUCCAAGCUCCCCCACAACCCGGGAGCUACACCUUUGUUAUGCAUCUCAUCUGUGAUUCAUAUGUUGGAUUUGAUACCAAGCUUGAAGCUACACUCGUCGUGGAAGAUGCUAGCAAGGCUAUGGAAAUCGAUGCAGAGGACGAUAUUAGUGAACCGGAUGAAGACUCCCUUGCAGGACAGAUGCAAGCCAUGAAAACCGGUGUCCCGCCACCCAAAAAGAAGAAGCAAAUAACUCGAGACUCGAGUGAUGAGGAUAGCAACACUGAAGAAGAAGUUGAUGAACAGAGUGAAACGGAUACAGAUACGGAUACUGACGGGGAAUAA